AUGCAUUUCUUUUCUUUGGUUCUCAUCACAACCAUCGGGGCAGGUUACGCUUUCGGUCGCGAACAAAGUUUCACACAACCAACCUUCACACUUCAGCAGGGCAAGGGUAGCAAUUUGGAUAUCUAUGCCGAAGGUGUUUUUGGGUGCACCGGUGUUACUGUGGACCCGUACGGUAUGUGUGCAUCGAUUGAAGCCAAGUAUUAG